CUCUCUUCCACUUUCGCGAACCGAGUGAGGUCUGCUCCGACUCCGAGAGCUAGCCGCGCUUUGAACGAUGGGGAAGAAAACGAAGAAGCCCGGGAAAGGCAAAGAGAAAACAGAGAAGAAAACAGCGAAAGCAGAGGAAAAGAAAGCUCGUAGAGAUUCCAAGAAGCUCUCUCCCGAGGAUGACAUCGAUGCCAUUUUGUUGAGUAUACAAAAGGAGGAAGCAAAGAAGAAGGAAGUCCACAUUGAGGAGAAUGUCCCAGCGCCAUCUCCCCGUUCCAACUGCACGCUGAACAUUAAUCCCUUGAAAGAGACAGAAUUGAUCCUUUACGGGGGUGAAUUCUACAAUGGCAACAAGACAUAUGUGUACGGUGAUCUUUACAGGUAUGAUGUGGAAAAGCAGGAAUGGAAGUUGGUUUCAAGCCCUAAUAGCCCACCUCCUCGUAGUGCUCAUCAGGCAGUUGCUUGGAAGAAUUACCUCUAUAUCUUUGGUGGUGAGUUUACAUCCCCAAAUCAAGAGAGGUUCCAUCACUACAAGGACUUUUGGAUGUUGGACCUGAAAACAAACCAAUGGGAACAACUAAAUCUAAAAGGGUGCCCUAGUCCACGCUCGGGUCAUCGAAUGGUUUUAUACAAGCACAAGAUUAUUGUAUUCGGUGGCUUCUAUGACACCCUUAGAGAAGUGAGGUAUUAUAACGAUUUGCAUAUUUUUGACCUGGAUCAGUUCAAGUGGCAAGAAAUUAAGUCUAGGCCUGGAUCCAUGUGGCCAAGUGCCCGCAGUGGCUUUCAGUUUUUUGUUUACCAAGAUGAGAUUUUCUUAUAUGGUGGCUAUUCCAAAGAGGUUUCAUCUGAUAAGAACAGCUCAGAGAAGGGAAUUGUUCAUUCAGACUUGUGGUCCCUUGAUCCUAGGACUUGGGAAUGGAGUAAGGUAAAGAAAAGUGGGAUGCCUCCUGGGCCUCGUGCUGGGUUUUCCAUGUGUGUUCAUAAGAAGCGGGCUUUGCUAUUUGGGGGUGUGGUGGAUAUGGAAAUAAAAGGUGAUGUGAUAAUGAGCUUGUUCCUGAAUGAACUUUAUGGCUUCCAGCUAGACAGCCGUCGCUGGUACCCAUUGGAGCUACGGAAGGAGAAGUCAACAAACAAUAAGUUAAAGAAGAGUUCCGGGCAGAAAGAUACUGAUGCCAAUCUUGAUGGUAAGGCAAAUCCGAUUGAGCAAGAGGAGAGUGCAGCAAUGAGUGAAGAUGAUAAUUUAGAGUACCAUGAAGAAGCAGGUGACAUAGAAAGCAACAUUGAUGAGAUAUCUCACCACGUGUCAACAACCAUGAAUGUUGGUAAUGGAGGGCUGGCUUCCAAAUCUGGAAAGCCUCUUGAAUCUAGUGCCAAAUUGGAUAUGCAAAAUUCAGUAUUGCCAGAGAUAGUGAAACCCUGUGGGCGCAUUAACUCCUGCACGGUCGUUGGAAGAGAUACAUUGUACGUAUAUGGGGGCAUGAUGGAGGUCAAAGAUCAGGAAAUUACACUUGAUGACUUGUAUUCCCUUAAUCUUAGCAAACUCGAUGAGUGGAAGUGCAUCAUACCGGCAUCAGAAUCUGAGUGGGUGGAAGCGUCGGAGGAUGAAGAUGAGGAUGAUGAUGAUGAUGAAGAUGAUAGUGAUGAUGAAUGCAAUAGCAACAGCGAUGAGACUAGUGAUGGUGAUGAUGAUGAUGUGGAGGCUGCAGGUGAUGGGUCCCUUCAAAUGGGAGAUGCUGUUGCUUUGAUCAAAGGCAAGGGGAAGACUCUAAGAAGAAAGGAAAAGCGGGCCAGAAUAGAACAGAUCAGAGCCAGUCUAGGCCUUUCAGAUUCACAAAGAACCCCAAUGCCUGGAGAAUCUUUGAAGGAUUUUUAUAAACGUACAAAUUUGUACUGGCAAAUGGCAGCUCAUGAACAUACUCAACACACUGGGAAGGAGCUCCGUAAGGAUGGUUUUGAUCUUGCUGAAGCUCGAUAUCGUGAACUUAAACCAAUUCUUGAUGAGCUGGCCAUAUUGGAGGCAGAGCAGAAGGCCGAGGAGGAAGAAGGGCCUGAGACUAGUUCAAGAAAGAGAGGGAAGAAAAAAAAUAAGCAUUGAACCCCAGCAAUUUUGAACUCAGUAUAUGCCAUGAAGAUAUGUCAUAUUUAUUUGUUGAUUUUCAUAGUAGAAUUAAUACAUUAUACAGCCCAUGAAUAUGCCCGCAUAUGUACUAAGAGUGAGACAUGUUUGCGUAAUAUUCACACACAAGUAAACUUCCCCUUUAUUUUUCCCAGAA